CUUCGAGUAUCUGAAAGGUUAUUUCGUCAAAGAAGACUCGGACUCGGUCAUUUCUCGGUGCCAGGAGGAAGCACGCGAAAGCCCCGGUGGCGGUUAUAGCGGCAGAUUGUGCUUGGAUACGUAGAAGGGGCUUUCUAAGCUACCGAGAGGAGAAAUGGGCCGCUUUCGGAGUUAGUGGACUUCCCCUCCCUAGGCAGGUGGCUGGCCCGCCGCGGGCCCGGCGCUCAUUGGCCCGCAGUUCCAGGAAGGAGGCCCCGCCCCCGGCGCGUGGGGGGCGGGGCAUGGAGCUCCCCGUGUCACCCUCAGUACCGGGAGUCUCCAGUUUGCGUUCCACGGGCGGUGGCGAGGGCCACGACGUCAACGUCAAAAUGGACAGCGGGGCCUACGGGGCGGCCAAGGCCGGCGGCAGUUUCGACCUGCGGCGAUUUCUACAGCAGCCGCAAGUCAUCGUCCGGGCUGUGUGCAUGUUAUUUGCUGUGGUCGUGUUCUCCUGCAUCAUUGCUGAAGGAUAUGUUAAUGCAUCCCACUCAGCCGAGCUCCAUUGCAUCUUUAACCAAAAUGAAGAUGCCUGCCGAUAUGGCACAGCCAUUGGGGUGCUUGCCUUCCUGGCUUCUGUCUUCUUCUUCGUGGUUGAUGUCUAUUUUCCUCAGAUUAGCAAUGCCACUGACCGCAAGUACUUGGUCAUUGGUGACAUGAUCUUCUCAGCUUUCUGGACCUUCCUGUGGUUUGUUGGAUUUUGUUUUCUUACCAAUCAGUGGGCAGCCACCAGUUCUACAGCCAUGUUGAUGCGGGCUGACUCAGCCCGGGCAGCAAUCUCAUUUAGUUUCUUCUCCAUCUUCUCCUGGGGCUUGCUGGCUGCCCUUGCCUACCAGAGAUACAAAGCUGGGGUAGAUGACUUCAUCCAGAACUACAUUGACCCUACCCCUGAUCCUGCUGUCCCUUAUGCCUCCUACCCAGGAGUUGCUGGAGACAAUUACCAACAACCACCCUUCACUCAGAAUGCAGAGACCACUGAGGGUUAUCAGCCACCUCCAGUUUACUAAGCUAAGGCAGCAUGCAAAAGCACAGUGGGGGACAAAGGGAAGGGUGGGCUUGACUUGGUCUUCACCUUGUAGAAAGGGAAAGGGAGGGAGCCUUUGUACACCUUCACAAUGGCAUUCUCUUCUUCCUGUUUGUACCCCAUGCUUUUUCAAACCUGCCAUAUAAUUUGAGGUACUACUGCCUUCCUUUAAGGAGGGAUUGAAAAAUAAUCUGCCUUUGGACAGAGCAUUUUUAAGACAGUUUUGAAUAGAAGUAUUUUCUCACUGCUUU